CGGCGCUCUGAUCCAGCGCUCGCCAAGAAGAAAUCUAUCGACAUGAAUCUCGCAUACGGCGACAUUCCGCCCGACCUCGAGUCCCGGGUAGAUCUCGAUCCGGUUCACGACGACGAUGACGCCCGGUUGCCGCCGGUGGAAGAUCCGCAGGAAGCCAAAGCCCUGAGCCUGAUGGACCGCAUCGAGGAAUAUCUUGAGGAGGCCCAUUGCGUCCAAAAAUCGGCAUCCGCUAUGAUCGAGAGCCUGCAGCGUAACCCGGAUGCCGCCGCCGCCGUGGCCCUCUCGCUCGCCGAGCUGAGCUCCCUGAUCGGCAAGAUGAGCCCCGCCUUCCUGGCCUUCCUCAAGGGCGGCAGCCCCGCGGUCUUUGCCCUGCUCGCCAGCCCGCAGUUCCUGAUCGGCGCCGGCGUCGCCAUGGGCGUCACGGUUGUCAUGUUUGGCGGGUGGAAGAUUGUGAAGAGCAUCAAGAACACGGCCGCCUCCAAGACGCUCGAGGCGCCCCUUGAGAUGCGCCCGGUGCCCGCGCCCGCGCCCGCUCACGACCCAACCGUGGCGCACGACAAGGCGCUCCCUCCGCUCCCCGCUCCCGGAGGGGGCGCCGCCGGCUACGACGAGGCCCUUGUGCUGAAGGACGUCGAGGCGCUCAGCAGCAUCGAGACGUGGCGGCGCGGAAUUGUGCCGUUUGAGGGUGACGCGGCCGAUAUCGAGCAGAUGAGCCGGGAGGCCGAGCGCGCGCUCCAGGAGCAGUUCAACCAGGAACUGGACGAGGUGGAGCCGUGCGACUCGGUCUCGCAAGUCAGCCGAGCCCGCAGCGACCGGUCGCGGAGGUCGCACCGCAGCCACCGCACCAGCGCGAGCCGCAGGUAUCGCGAGAGCCGCGCUAAGUCCGAGGUCUCGGAUCGCAAGAGCAGCUCGGGCAAGAAGACAGACCGAGACGGCGGAGAGAGCGAGGCGGCGAGCGAGAGGAGCCAUCGCAGCCAUCGCAGCAGCCGCGGUCACGAGGGCUCUACCGUCUCGCGAUCGUCAAAGCACUCGUCCAAGGUCGGCGGCCUCAAGGCCAUCGAGGAAGGAGACGGCGAGCGCGACGACUCGAGCAGCGUGGCCGGGAAGCCCAAGGAGAAGAAGCGGGACAUGAUCAAGCAGCUCUUCAAGAUGAAGAAGGAUAAGGAGGAUCGCGGGAAGGCUGUUUCUGUUUUGGUCUGAUGCGUUCAUUAUUAUCUCAUCAUUUGGUUUCAUGACGAGGCAUUCGGCAUUGCAUGGUGGCUGGAGUCAAUUGCGUCUGUUGUGUUUUGCUCAAAAACUUAUCGUCCCAGGGGAAGAGAAGGGAGAGUUUCGGUUCGUGUAGAAAUUGGGCAAAAAUUACUCUCUGUGGUUAAUCGGGUACAACUAAGGGGAACGAGCCCUGACUCUGGGACCCCGUAAUGCCCUUGAAUAGCUAAGAUCUUUGCUCGUUAUAGCAGUGUAAGAGAUACAAGAUUGAACCCUUCUCGUCCAUCUCCCCUCGCCUGAUCGCGGGGUCGAGACUCCACUAAUAGC